AUGAUUAACAUGAGUUCACAGCAGAGCCCGGCAAAUAUUCAAGCCGUCGUCGACAGAGAGAAAAUAUACACGUGGAUUUUGGAGUUAUGCAAUCCAGAAACUAGAGAAAAUGCUCUUCUUGAGCUUAGUAAGAAACGUGAGGUUGUUCCAGAUUUAGCUCCUAUGUUAUGGCAUAGCUUCGGAACCAUAGCCGCUUUGUUGCAAGAGAUCACAAACAUAUACGUGGCGAUGAUACCACCGACAUUAACUGCUCACCAAAGUAACCGUGUUUGCAAUGCGUUGGCGCUGAUGCAAUGUGUGGCCUCGCAUCCUGAAACGAGAUCUGCAUUCCUCCAAGCCCACGUGCCUUUAUUUCUUUAUCCGUUCCUCCACACUGUAUCUAAAACUCGCCCUUUUGAAUACUUAAGGCUUACCAGCUUGGGAGUAAUUGGUGCUUUGGUAAAAACUGAUGAACAGGAAGUAAUUACUUUUCUCUUAACUACAGAGAUCAUACCCUUAUGCUUGCGUAUUAUGGAGAACGGAUCUGAAUUGUCCAAGACCGUAGCUACAUUCAUUUUACAGAAGAUCUUGUUAGACGACAGUGGGCUGUGUUACAUAUGUCAGACGUACGAUAGGUUUUCCCAUGUGGCAAUGAUUUUGGGGAAGAUGGUGCUGUCCCUUGCGAAAGACCCGUCUGCACGUCUUUUGAAACAUGUAGUUCGCUGUUACUUACGUCUCUCGGACAAUCCUAGAGCCAGAGCUGCUUUGCGGCAAUGUCUUCCUGACCAGUUACGUGAUGCAACUUUCACUGAAUGUCUGCAAGAAGAUAACUCUACCAAACACUGGUUAGCUCAGCUCAUCAAGAAUUUGGAAGCCCAACCGCCACCUGCUAGUCCUGCCCAACAGAACAUGUACGCAUCAAGAUGA